AUGGCUAGGUUGGAGAGGGAGGUGUAUGAAUGCGACAUCCCUACCCAACAUUGUGGUUCAUCCGCUGGGAGUAAUAGCUCGGGGAACAGUAGAUGGCGGUCGAGGGCUCCUUCAUGGACAGCAGCUGAUCCACCUCAUGAGCCGCUUACCAUAGGCAUAGAUAGGCAGGCUUCCGUCUACCAUGCUCCCACCAUUGCUCCCACUGCUGCACCUGCGAUCCCUCGUGUUCAAUACCUCGCCUCUUUUCCUAUGAACAUCGAUGACAAUGUUAUGCUUCAGGAUGUUCAUGUGACUCAAGGGCAGAGAAACCAGCAAGUGCAUGCUACUCAGGGCAUGGAGGCUCCUUACCAGCCACAAGCUUCCAUCUCUGUCCCAGCUGCCAUCACCGAGAGUUCUGACUCUCAGAUUCAUAACCCUGUUCCCUACUACCACAAUGCCUCGAGCCAAAGUUUCAAUGCAGUAAUGAACCAAGCUGCUGCGAUCACCCAAUAUCUUCCUUCCGCUCCUGUUGCCGCACCAGUUGCUCGCUGCCUGAACCCUGUCACUACAUUAUCUACUCAUCACUGGCUUGACGGGGACACGUACAACCGGAACAAUGGUUGGGGUGAGCCUUCAACCAUGUACGCAUCCUCGUCGUCCUUUGUGGAAGUAGGAUCAUCCAAUCAUGGCGCAGGGUCCAACAGCCACGGAAGAGAGCCCAACCAUGAUGGAGAACCAUCCACUUGUUAUGAGUUCCCUCCUGAGAACAUUUGGGAUGGUUUAUACGGUCAGCAUUAG